AUGAGACACCACACAGGGUUACGACCCGAGAUAUGGGUUUUGUUAUUUGCACUGUGCAUUCUCUGGCAGGUUGCGGACUGCACUGCCGCACCGACAUCUACUCUGGAUAUUGAAUUAGUUCCGCGUGGAAUCGCUGGGCCUAACGAGACAGUCGCUGCUGGGCAGGACGCCAUUCUCUGUGUCUUCCCAAUAAGUGGGCAAUACGGCUUCCUGUCACGACUCCUAUACUAUGGCUCCCUUGUAUUUGCCAUCAUUGGACGAACUCAGAAAUGGCUGGUCCUGGGAGCGUUGGCUUCGGCACUGGCAUUCGCCGGGUCUGCAUCGAUCCAUAUGAUGACGCUGGUCACGUCUAAAACGCCCGUGUUCGACCUGGAUAUACUUGCUGCCUGGUCGAUCCUCACUACCGGGUGUCUUGCCUUUGCGGCGCUCAUCCACUGGUCAUCGUCCAUUCGCAAGUCUGACUCGAGAGUGGUGUUGGUAUUAUGGGGAGUAUUGGUCGCAAUAGGCUGCCUUACAGGAAGGGCGUUGCUGCUGGAUGUCAAUUCCCAAGCGGAGCCAGCCUGCAGGUCUGCGGACGGGACCUUGCUGAAGAGGCAGUCGGACCUGGAUGGUGGAAUGUUCAAGUGCACCUACAAGUGCUUUGGGACUCGAACACCGCUACGAGCUCCCUCCGAGAUCAUUGCGAUGCCGGCUAAUGUCUUUGUCGGAACCUAUUCCACCUUGAUAGUGGCAUUGGUGGGACCAUGCCUCGCAGCCGCGCACAAGUCUCUAUCGGUGAACUUCUCCCUUCACUCGCCUUCGGAUCUAUGCGCACACUGGGUGAUGAACUACCUCAACCAUUCGAUGAACGCCCGGCUAUCGCAGCAUAUCUACAACGCAGCCUGUUCGACUUGGUAUGGCGGGUACAUCUUGCUGUUGCAGUACGCGAGUAAGGCGAAGUUCAAAUCACACCUCAGACGUCGCGUAGCAGUUUUCCUAGUCUGCCCGCUCCUUAUUAUAGACCUACUCCUGGACCUUCUAACGCCUCCUAUCUUCGCGGCGAACAUCAUCGUCAACGAGCUCAACCUCAUGGGAAACAACUUCCCUAUCGAAGAAGGAAUCCGUUCGAUAGGCCAGUGGUCACCCAUGGUCUCUGCAGCGCUCGUCAUCCUCGCCUCGAUCGUCAAUCACCUAGUGAAGCGUCACCGGACGUGGAAGGAGAACAAGAAGACAUCCAAGUCGACCGACCCUCCCUCUGAUCUGCCGGUGUGGCCUUGGGCUGGCACCCGGGCAUGUGAAUCGCAAGCCUCGGUUAGUCCCCUGGUACCCCACGGCCGCGGUCACAGAGACGAUAUCGAUCGGAAGUCGGAGCAGCAGGAGAACGGCGUCAUCUAUCGCCAGAUCAGUCGGGAGGAGACGUUGUGUGCAGAGCUCCAGGACUAUCCCAGGCAGCCCAAGGCGUAUAUACGGCCCUAG